UCCACUACCCCCUCCCCCUACAAUGUCUCUUCCAUGAACUCCCGCCGCUCGGACCCCGGGGCCGACGCCCAGCCGCACUAUGAAGACACUGCGACAGCUUCAAGAUGAGUUCCGAUGGUCCGUUGGCGUGUGGCCAACUGCAGCAUCUCACCAAAGGCCUCAGCGAUGCAAUCAUCGCUGUGGACAACACCGAGUUCCACAUCCAUAAAAUCAUCCUGUGCAACUGCAGUCCCUACUUUGGAGCCCUCUUUCUCCGCUGGUCCAACCCAGACCAGAGGGUGUAUGUCAUACGUGGUCUGACGGCCCGCUUAAUGCAGCUCAUUGUCGAUUUUGCAUACACCGGCACCGUGUCGGUGACAGAGGACAAUGUGAAGGAGUUGUUGAUCGCGGCCGAUGAGUUCAAUAUGAUUGCCAUUGUUCAAAUCUGCUGCGCAUUUCUAACAGAGCAGCUCAGGCCUGAAAACUGCGUGGGCAUCUGGCAGUUCACCAGGAACUAUUACGUUCCACAGCUGCAGCUUGAGGCCUACCAGUACAUCCUCUACCACUUUGAGGACGUGGUCGCCUCGCACGAGCUCCGCCGGCUCUCCGUGCAGGACCUGUGCGACAUCCUGGACCGCGAUGACCUCAUUGUGAAGAAGGAGAACACUGUGUUCCAGGCCAUCCUGCACUGGAUCGCGCAUGCGCCCCGCGAGCGAGGCAGAAACCUGGCCGUGCUGCUGGCUCGGGUCCGUCUGGCCCUGACCAGUGAGGAGUUCAUCUCUGUCAACGUACUAACCAACCAACUGGUACAGAACAGCAGCAAGUGUCUAGACAUGGUCGAUUUCGCCACUCGAGUGAUACGUCACAUGAAAGCCAAUUCCGUGUCCGGGUUCUGCAACCUCGUGGCCCGUCCUCGCCUGCCUUCCGCCAUCCUUCUGGCAAUAGGUGGCUGGAGCGGAGUCAACCCGACGCAGUGCAUCGAGGCGUACGACAUCCACGCCAACAGUUGGGUCAGCCUUUUGGACGAUAUGGACCAACCGCGGGCGUACUGCGGUGCCGCUUUCCUCAACAAUGCCAUUUACUGUUUGGGCGGCUUUGACGGCACAGAACACUACAACACAGUCAGCCGCUUUGACCUGAACACUCGUACUUGGCAGGAAGUGGCACCCAUGCACUUCCGCCGUUGCUAUGUGAGCGUCACCGUGCUAAAUGGAUGCAUUUACGCAAUAGGAGGCCACGAUGGACGUGUAAGACUAAAGACGGCCGAGUACUACACACCCGAGACCAAUCAGUGGACUCUUAUUGCCAGUAUGCAAGAACAGAGGAGUGAUGCCAGCUGCACCGCCCUCAAUGACAAGGUUUACAUUUGCGGUGGUUUUAACGGAAACGAGUCCUUGCAAACGGCGGAAUAUUACAGCCCAGAGACCAACCAGUGGAUGGCCACGGCCCCCAUGAGCUGUCGCCGCAGUGGCAUAGGAGUCAUCGGGCACCGCAGCCUCGUGUAUGCUGUCGGAGGCUAUGACGGUGACGACCGCCUAGCUAGUGCCGAGGCCUACGACCCCGAGGCGGACACCUGGAUCACGCUGCCCCCCAUGCAGUGCCCCCGCAGCAAUUUUGGCAUCGAAGUGGUGGAGGAUUGUCUCUUUGUGGCAGGUGGCUACAACGGUGUCUCCACCACCAACCUGGUGGAGUACUACGAUCUGAAACUCGGCAUGUGGUCUGCAGCCAAUGACAUGGGCAUCUCUCGAAGCGCUCUGAGCUGCUGCGUGAUGUCCGGCUUGCCCAACAUUGCCCAGUAUACCAUGCUUCGUAAUGACCUGCCUUUGCUGUUCUUGGAGGACGAUACAGUUGAUAUGGAAGAUGAUGUCUAAAAAAAAAA